CGUCGCUAAAAUCGUCUGUCGUCUCUCUAGCCGCCGGCCAUGGAGGAUGAGGCACUUACACUUACACUCUGGUGGCCCGACCAGCCAGAAUCCCAUAGAAUUACCGUCUACGAUGAGAUCGCGAGUGAUUUCAUCUACACGCUCCCCGAUGCCAUCCUCCGAACCAUCAUCUCCCUCCUCCCCACCAAGGACGGUGGACGCAUGUCGGCCCUCUCCCCCCGAUGGCGCCAACUCUGGCGCUCCACACCCCUCAAUCUUGAGGUCCGCAACCCACCCGGUGGUUACCCCGUCUCCACCUCUGCCAUCACCCCCGCCGCCGUCUCCAAGAUAAUUUCCCAACACCCUGUCCCCAUCCGUCGAUUCUCCUUCCAGUGCUUCCUGGAAGGCGACUUAUACACCCAGUUGGAGAGUUGGUUCCACUCCCAAGCCCUCGCCAGCCUCCAAGAGCUCGAUAUCAACUACCAGUGCCCCCAUCAAUGUUCUGAGCCAAGAAACACGCUGCCACCAUCCGUGUUCCACUCUGCAUCCACCCUCCUCGCUACCAAGUUCAGCUAUUGUGAUUUCCCUGAUGAGAUCUUGCCUUCCAUGAACUUUCCCCUCCUCAAGCAACUAUCCUUGGUGGACGUUACCAUCUCAUGGGAGGUCUUCCAUAGACUGCUCUCUGGAUGCCAUGCCUUGGAGAGUUUUUACAUGUCCGAAGUUUGUGGCAAGGGAUGCCUUCGUGUUAGCUCACGGACUCUUAGAAGUAUUGGUGUCCGCAAUGCCUUUAAAGAAAAAUCAGAGCUGGUGAUUGAGGACGCCCCUUGCCUUGUAAGGGUACUAUUACCUUUUAGUUGCUACGAUGAUGAUUGUGUUACUAUGAGGGUAAUUUGGGCGCCUAAACUAGAGAUAUUGGGCCCUUUGUUACCUGUAGCCUCCAAGCUCGUCGCCCAGGUAACAGCAACAACAUCCUCUGAUAUUACAUUUGUCAUUUGUAUACGCAGAUAAUUUUUGUUUAUGUUCAUUGUACGUUUAUCUUCACGGAAUAAGCCCAGUUAUGUCAGCAAACUGGAUGCGCACCGCGAAGGUUUUUUGCCUCAGGUCUUCUGGCCUUGAAUUGAACGCAGUUCUUAACAUCCUUAGGUGGUUUCCUUAUCUAGAAAAGCUCUACAUCAUUUUUCAAAAACACAAUGAGAAGGAUAAGAAAAAUGACCCUCAAUAUGACCCUUUACAUCCAAUCGAAUGUCUUCAGACCCAUCUCAAAAAAGUGGUGUUUAAGUCAUUCGUAGGCUAUGAGAAACAGGUUAACUUUGCGAGGUUCUUUGUUUUGCAUGCAAAAGUGCUCAAAAAGGUUGAAUUUGAAGUAUAUGGCCAGUGCAACACUAUAUCAGUGGCUUAUCAUCACACGCUGCUAAAAGUGGAAAACAGAGCUACUCGAGAUGCUCAGUUUGAAUUCAGGAGUAAACAUCGUCGUACUGAGUAUGAUGCACAUAUCCAUGAUUUGUCCGUGGCCGACCCCUUCGGACAACCAUAGACAGGGUUGAUGCCUGAAGGUUGCACAGUCUUAGUGUCUUGUGUUCAUUUGAAGACAAAGUUGAUGCCUGAAGAUUACAUCGUCUGUCAUUCCAGUACCUAUGAAGUUACCCCUGUUAAAACUGCAAAAGAUGAUUUUGGAUUCAAAUAAUAGUGCACUGCAGAGAGGUUGAAAUGGUCUGUAACCAGUAGGGAGCGGUAACCCCUAUUACCUUGUGAAUUUGUGGCUUUGUUCUGCUUAUGGUGGUCUAGAAACAC